AUGAUUCAAUCAUGGGUUAAAGUCACUAUAACAUUAUGCCUUUAUGGCUUCUUUAAAGAGAUGAAACCAUCUGAGCCGUUUUUAACACCUUUUCUCAAAGGGUUGAGUAAUAAUUUAACUGAGAAUGACUUAGAGCAAAUUUAUCCUGUUUGGACAUACAGUUAUCUAGGCAUGUUAGCCAUCGCUCUGUUAGUCACCGAUUUAGCUCGUUAUAAACCGAUUAUUAUCAUUGAGGCGUUAGCUUACUUGGCUACUCGUAUCAUUUUGUUAGCUGGCCAUAGUGUGCCUAUAAUGCAACUAAUGCAGUUUGCUUAUGGCAUAGCGACCGCAACUGAAAUUGCAUACUAUGCUUAUAUAUAUGCUGCAGUCUCAUCGCAACAUUAUCAAAAAGUAACCAGUUAUACACGCAUGGCUGUAUUAUGUGGUAGAUCAUCGGCAGGUUUUAUUGGCCAACUAUUAGUAUCAUUGCAUGUAGCCAAUCUUUACGCUCUCAAUGUUAUUGCUACCUGUAGCGUUUGUAUUGCACUGGUAUUAGCUGUAUUACUUCCAAAGAUUCAUCCUAAUGAUUUGCAAUCAAACCAAGAUCCACCCCUAAUGGUAUCCAUUAAUAAUCGUGCCCUAGAAACUGAGAGUCGACAUGAUAAUAGUCAUCAACAACAUCAAGAUUCCAAAGUAGACAAUCGUGUUAAUACGGCGAUGUUUUCACAAAGAUGGAAGCAGCAAAUAACCCAUUUUACUUGCACCUUGACCAAUCAAAUUGCCUAUAUCUACUCCAAUCAUUGCAUAUUGCGAUGGUCUCUUUGGUGGGCAUUAGCUACAUGUGGUGAAUUACUUGUAGGCAACUAUGUAGAAAAUUUAUGGGACGUUAUCUAUCCCGCCCGCUAUCAUAAUGAAGAUGUCUAUAAUGGCCUAGUUUUGGCUGUUGCAACCUUGUUGGGAGCUGGUGCUGCACUAGCUUUAGCAUAUGUAAAAUUUGAUUGGGGCUUUUUCGGUGAGCUAACGGCUGGUAUUGUAUCUGCCAUCGAUGGCGUUUUACUAUUAAUUAUGGCAUUAACCAAUCAAAUUUGGCUAUGCUAUGGCUGCUAUGUCAUAUUUCGUACCUCGUAUGCCUUAUUAAUUACGAUCGCAAGUCUACAGAUUGUGAACGAAAUUAAAAGAAAUUGCUAUGGAUUAGUCUUUGGUAUAAAUAUGUUCCUAGCAUUGAGUCUUCAAACUAUACUCCAAGCGGUCAUACAAGGUUACAAAGUACAUGUCGUUCAUCAAUUUUAUACGUAUUCUGCCUACUUUGGUCUUCUUGGAUUAGCGUUUACUGCUGUUGGAGCUUACAAAAUUGAAUCAUCAAGUCAUAAUACACAUUAA